AUGUCGUCAUCGUGUGUUUCAGACCCAGUAUCUGCAGAAAGAGCAGUGACUCUUUCAUCAGCAACUGCUGCACGGUCUGAUAAAGAUCAGAGCUACGUGGGAAUAUACCUAUUCAGCAAUCCAAGUCUGUUGCUGAUCAACCCGGACUGCAUUCGGACAGUACUGGUCAAGGAAUUUGAAGCAUUCUCUCAAAGAAAUAUCAACUUCGAUGAGACAGAUCCACUGAACCAUAAUUUAGUUAGCGCGAACGGUCCUAAAUGGAACAAACUGCGUACUAAGUUGACACCGUCAUUUACGACGGGAAAGCUCAAAAUGAUGAGUCAGGAGCCAGCGAAGAAGGGCCAGAUCCUGGAGGUGCGGGAGAUAGCCGCCAGGUUCAUCACCAACAUCGCUUCCGUCUUUUUCGGAGUCGACUGUAACGCUCAACGGAACCCGGACACAGAGUUCCGCCAAUGGGGGCGUCAGAUGUUCGAGAGAAGUCAAAUCAAGGAUUUCCGAUCUCAUGUACAGAUUUUUCCAGCGGCAGCCAAGACCCUCAGGAUUCGGAGCGGCAUUGUACACGUGACGAGAUACUUUCGGAAUAUGGUGAAGGAGACUAUAGAGUUCCGGGAACAACACGGUGUAGUUCGCAACGACUUACUGCAUCUAAUGAUGCAGCUCAAGAACAAGCGCUUCAUUGACGAACAAAGUAAAACUGGCUCCCAGGAAAUUGAUAACUGGAAGACGUUGAGGAAACACCCACCGGCUGGCCUUCUUGACCGGAGGUGUGUACGGGACGUUAAUCUUCCCGAUGGUGGACCUCUUAUUGAGAAAGGAACGCCUGUGUUCAUACCGAUAUACGCCCUCCACCACGACCCAGAGUACUACCCAGAACCACACCGCUUCGACCCCGAGAGGUUCUCAGAAGAGCAGAAAGCGGCGAGACACCCAUAUGUAUACAUACCAUUUGGUGAUGGUCCCAGGAUCUGUAUAGGAAUGAGACUGGGUCUUUUACAGUCAAAGAUUGGCCUGGCAUAUAUGAUGUCCAAAUAUGAAGUACACCGAUGUGAAGAGACUUCGGUACCUCUUCAGUACAACCCCUGGGCCUUGGUUCUGGAGUCUGUUACUGGUAUAAAGUUGAAGCUGACGCAGAGGAAUUAA